GUCCCUCGAUCGUACAACCAUUCACCAAGUCUUCCAACUAACUCUUCAGUCUUUGAAGACUUCCAGUGUACGCCGACAUCGACAAUUUUACAAUUUAGUUCUUCAUUGGCACUGGUGACUGACUGGCCUCCAACGAGUGUGUGAACCAGUGUGAACGCUGCUAGUAGGUCGCGCUUUCAACUUUUUUCUUCUUCGCUGUCGGUCUUCGAUUUUUUGUGGUGUGCCUCCUUGGAUCUUUACCGACUCGAAAAUGAAGAGAUUUAGGGGGAAAUUGUGGAUGGGACGUGCGUGAGAUGCAAGAUGAUAUUUUGUUGUUUUGUUCUGCUACUGUAUGCCCAUGCUAUUUUAGGAUAUGGGUACGAUUCAGGUGGAGAUCAGUCAAGCUGCGGCCGUCCUUAUAGGUCUGGAAAAAUGUUCCAACCGCCUUGUGACCUAGUGAAGCAAGGAUACUGUACGUCAGCGGGGAAAACUUAUCCAUGGCAAGCUGUUAGACGUUUCGUUAAAGACAACCAAGGGCUUAUGAGGCGUAUGUACGGAGACCAGAGACAUGGGCAUGUGCUGAGGGCUGAGUUUCCAGAUGAGCCGGAGAUCCUUAAUCCUCUUGAGAAUAGUAUUAGAUAUUCUAGAUACCAUUUUGAAAAUGUCGAAAACGAAGAUAACGAAGUAGAAAGUGAAGCUAGAUUCCUCCGCGAAGAUCUCUCCAACGACGACGUCCUCAACACCAAGUUCAUUUAUUCCGAAGAACCGAUAAUCUCCAUCAAGUUAGCUGGUUUAAAAACGGCUCCGCACUUUCGACAAGCUACGGAGAGGACUACAAAGAGUACACCCAUUAAAAAGUCUGAAGACAUCACAACCACCGAGAACUACUCAGAAAGUGCCGAUUUUACUACGACUACGGAAUCGAUUCUGGAAUCUACGACGUAUCUGAUGAACGAAACUAGAGAGGAUAGCACCAUUACUACCACUACAACAGAAGGAGAUUCUGUAGAUAAGAAAGCUGACGAGAAAGAAAAAAUGGCAGAAACUAUGCUUUUUCAGGAUGUUGAUAACGACCAAACGAAGAAAAAGUUGCAUGUGAACUAUAACAUGAAAGGAGUGAAUGCCUGUCCCGUCCGAGAAGAAGUCGUCGCCCCGUUCUGGGCUAACAACACCCGAGGAGAAGUCCUGGCUCUUCUCAAUAUGUACCCAUUCGAACAGUAUGUACACUGGGAAAAGUGCACAUUCGAACAUCGCCAAAUGUACUGCAGAGACGGCUGCAGGUGCGAACAGCAGUACAGGCUUCACAGGCUACUGGCGUACGAUCCCAGCAACGAGUGCAGAGGAAUCUUCUCCGAUUGGUUUAAGUUUCCAUCGUGUUGCGUUUGUAAAUGUUACGAUAUGCCUGUUGAGUUUAGGGUUACUUCGAGGAGUCCUAGAUAUCAAACAAACGCUGAUGAAAAUUAACUUUCAGGGGAAUAAUUAAUGAAACCAAUGGAUGUGGAUUGGUGUAUAAUAUACCAUUGUAUCUUAUGUUAAAUUACUAAAUUUUUUGCUUAAAGAGGCUUAAAACAUUCAUUCUAGUCUGGUUUAAGUCAGGGUGGGAAUUAAUUUAUUAAUCAUGUAAAUAGAGGACUCAUAUCCAAGUUUCUUGGAAUACUCAUUUUGAAACAUUUGAUAUGUUGCAGCCUAGGUUUUUGUUGUUAUAAACGAUAUAUUUCAUAUAGAUUGAGUUCAUUCAGUCAUAUAGACAAAAAUUAUAUCCAAAAAUAAAGGACAAUGUAUGUAUCUAUGAGUUGAAGAUCUUUUGGUUUUAUCCAACAAAUUUUAAAAAAUCAAAUAAUUUGCAAGAUAGCCUUAUAACCUAAAAACCUAUUUCUACGUACUAAUUUUAAAUGCUUCCUAGCAUUAUAAGGAUAUAUUGAAGAUAAGUGUCCUCCAGCACAGUUGAAACCUUUUUACACUGUCACUGAACUCACGAUUGAUAUCUGAACUAUAUAACUGAAUCCCUGAAGAUGAAGUGUUCUUCUUCUUUUCUGGGCAUCGUAAUCCUGGAUGUGUCGUUGCCUGUCUCGCUAUGUUCCAUUCAGACCUCUUUUAUGCCGUUUUCAGGUCAUCUUUUACGUCAACCAACCAUCUCGUUAAAAGUGUUCCUUUUUUCGUGUUCAUAUCGGCAUUCAUUGUAAUAUUUUCUUUGGUGAUUUUGUAUCUUCUUACCUCUGAACAUGUUCCAGCCAUGACAGUCUGGCUAUUAACAAAUCUUACAUCAUGCCCUUCAUUCAAUUCAUUAAUCUCUUUGUUUCUCCUGAUGAUGUGUCAUCUUCCUCUUGAAUCGGACUGAGUUACGCUACAUAUUUUUUGGCAUUACCCAGGUCUCACAACAAUUGGUUAGUACGGGUCUAAUAAUUCUUUUGUCUAAUAAUUUAGAUGUCAUCAAUCCUUUAUUCGGACCUUCACAUAUCUGUGGCCAGAUAUGUGAAGGUACAUCUGUCUACUGAAGGUCCACUGUCCACAGGUCCACUAUAGUCCCCUCUCCUUGGUUUGCUACUUGAAAGACAUCCGUAGUUUCAGAUAUUACUGUACACUUGUACUUUGUAUAACGAAAUCUAUUGUUAAAUAAAGAGACCUCUUACCUGUGACAUUUGAAUUUGGAAAUUUCUUGUGUUUAACAUUAAAAAGAUCUUAUUUUUUUAAAAUAAUGUAUUAUUGUUAUGAGAAAUUCCAAAAGUGACCAUCAAUGUGUAAAAAAUUAUACAUAUUUUAUAUGAUUAUUAUUUUCUGUAUAUUUAAUUUAUAGUAGAUAUGUAUUUAUUUAUUGUUAAUAUUAUAUUAUGUAUAUUAUUAUAUAAUAACGCUAAAUUGUUCAGAGUAAAGAAAUUAGUUAAGUACUAGAAAAAUAAUAUUUAGAUAGAAUAAUUCAAUAUUGAUAGAUUUAUUCAAAUCUGUCAAAUGCUAUGUUCUUCUUUUGCUACUUUUCUAAUCAGUUCUCGGAUACUAUGAUAUGUGUGGUGGUAGUAUAGAGCAGAUAUGACGAAUCUUAUGUUGUGCUUACUUUCAUCUUCGACCAUAUUAAUAUCAAUCCCCUUUACCGACAUAUCCUGUCUAACAGCUCCCCAGGUCUUUUUGGUAUUUCUAUCCAUAACCAUCUUAACCUAUGCUCUCUCAUGUUUAUCCUUUGCUGUCACUUCACACUUCAAUCUGAGCAUUUUCAUUUCCGCCAUAUGCAUUCGUUGUUCCUCUUUCUUUAUAUCUGCCCAAUAUUCAGUUGUGGCAGCCGGACUCACCAUCCCUAUAGGUUGAACCGCGUCGUUAUCUCCACAUCGAGCUUUCGACCUCUCUGAUGUCUUCUUCAGGGUUUUCUGGGUCUCAGCCUGUUGAGCUUCCAGAUCUCAUCAACGCACUGUUCACUGAUCACUGCACUACUGAUAGGUCUCUAAUAUUCUAUUUAUUUCAGUGUAGAUUUUCUUUCACUACUUUGGCAACAUGAGGCCAAGCAUUGUCGUGCAGAAGAAUGACACUACGUGAGAGCUUCCCUGGACGUUUUCCUCUCAUUUCUUAAUGGAGCUUGUUCAAAAGCCAUUAUACAGGUUUGCCUUGAUAGGCAGUCUAGGUUCUGUAAACUCUAUGAGCCAGGUCUUUCAUAGUUAAAAAAAAAUGUUCUUUUCACCACCCGCUGAUUACAUUUGGACGGUUUACAAACGCCAUUUUAAAUCACAGUAGUUACGCAAUCAAAUACAAAUGAUAUUAGACUGCGACCUGACCAAAAGCCGGAGUUUAUCUGAACAAGGAUAUAAUAAGCAUUUGCCCUACCAUGCAGUUAUAAGUAAGACAAAGUGUCACUGCACGAACUGAUCUACCAAACUAAUAUAGUUUUUAUAUUAAGCUCAGAUGCUCAUUAGUAUUUGUUCAGUUGACCAGUAAUCAAUUACUAAUUAUUAUAAAGUCCGCAAACUCCCCACCACUGCUAUAUACUCUUAUUUACGCAUGCGUUGUUGAGUUUAUAGUUGAGUCCAGAUAUAUAUCAACCAUCUACAGUCAAUAUCGCAUUAAAAACGCAAUGUCACAUUAAUAACAAAACAAUUAUUGAGUUAUUUUUAAGAUAAGAUUAAAAAUAACUUACAUUUUGAUUAACAAAUUGACAUUGUGAAAAAUAAUUUAAAAUCCCGUUUCCUCUAUUUUUUUUCGUUUUCGUUUUUGCAAAUAUAUUAUGGUAAAAUGUUUUUAAGAGUACUACACUACGUUUAUUCUCAAGAUAAGCUCGAGGUUACACUGAUUCGUGAAUGUGUCGUGUCGAAGCAGCUUAUCAUUGGUUAAAAAUUAAUUUCUAACCAAUGCGACGACAUGACACACCUACCGAUCACGUGACAUGUGAUCACGAACUGUGAUCUCGAGCUUAUCUUAGGAAUAAACGUAGUAUAGUACGCAUUUGACAGGUAUAUAAUACGUGUUUAGUCUAUUUGGAUAUUCCUAAUUGCAGAAAUUUCAAUGACAAAUUAAUCAUGAGAAAAUUUUUUAACGGCCUAGAAUUUCUAGAGAUGAUAUACCUACUUAGAUCUGGAGUCGACUUUACUCAUGUACCUAUUUAAUGUACACUUACACGUUUUAAGGCUAGUGUUAUUGUUAAUAUUAUUGUAAAAAGUAUAACAUAUUAUUAUCCACAAAGUUUUAGCAUACUGUUAAUGUUACGUUAUUGUUUGUUGUAUUUAUUUCAAUAUUUAUGAUAUUACAAUGUAAAUACUCAUUUUGUUAAUAUUAUCUAAUAAACACGAUGUUACUGGA